GCACAAACCCCAAAGCAUUCGUUCGGUUCAUCGCUGUUUCCCUUUGUUUUCGAAAGAGACUCUCUGUUUCCUUUAUCACGCAAAUCGGAGUUCAUUUGAUUGGAAAACGUCACUUAGGAGUGCCUACGACAAAGAGACUGAGUAGAAACCUUAAUCAUGAGUUAUGAUGAUGCAUCUAGCAGUAUGACUAUCAAAACUGAUGAUGUGGGACCUUGGUCAUAUCUCAACCAUGAUGUGCUUUUGUUAGUUAUGAUGAAACUGGGAGUUGUUGAUUUUGUUGCAUUCAGUGGAGUUUGCAAGUUAUGGAGACCAGUAGCACUCGGUAACUGGAAAAGAUUUAUGGUUUCCAAACCACCAAUGCUGAUGAAUAUCUCUGAUAGUAUUAAUAAGGAUUGGCAAUGCUGCCUAGAGGACCAUGAAAGAAGAAAGUUCAAAACCACACUAACGCAUUCUGCUGGAAUGUGUUAUCUUGGAUUAAGUUGUGGUUAUUUGGUCUUGAUCAGGGAGGAAACCAAGGACUUUUGGCUUGUGAAUCUUAUCACUAGACAUGAGCUUCAUUUCCCUCCUGCCCCUUGGGUGUGUUCUUCUGAACCAGUCGGCUCGUUUAUCCUUGUAUUUUCACCUUCAAUAUCUAAAUUGGUGUUUGUUAUGUUAGUCAAGAAGCAAAUAUGGUUUUCUAUAGCGGAUGAGGGAACAUGGAAUCGUGUCUCAACUUUCGACUUAAAGUUUUAUAAGGAUUUACAUGCUUUUAACGGGAAGAUAUAUACUUUACACUCUCAUAAUAAUCAUUUAUGUGAACUAACACUCAAUCCUGAGCCCAAAGUGACGUUACUGAAAACCAAGCAUUUUGUGUUAGAUAAGGUUCUAUUUUUCCCGCAGCUUGGCCUGGGAAAUUGUGGUGAAAACCUUUAUAUGAUGGAUUGCUCAAUAUAUGAUGAUGUGAUCAAUGUUUAUAAACUAGACUUUGGUGAAAUGGAAUGGGUGCCUUUUCAAGAUACAGGAGAGGAACAUGGUUUCUUUGUGGGCUACGUUUUUGAUCAUGUUGCUGCUGUAAAACCAGAGUUGUGGGCUGACCCUUGGUCACACUACCCAAGAUAUGAUGUUGGUAAUGGAGGUGGAAAUGGCAGAUAUUUUCCUUAUAGUGGGGGGUGGUAUUUCCCGCAUGAAUGUUUGAAUGCUAAUCUCUUAGAUGAAUCAUCAUGACUUUUUACCACUCUUAUUUUUCAAUAUGUUGAGAACAGUUGUUGAUGAAUUUGGUUUUUGCAAUUUAUGUUUUUGUUAUCAAGUGCACAUUCAUGUGGCUAAUGCAUCUGGUUUAAUUCAUAUCAAA